CGGACCCAGCCGUUCAGAUCGAGGGGAACCCUCACUGCUGCUUCUUCAACUUCAGCCCGAAGCUGAUGUUCACCAAGGUGGUGAAGGCUCAGCUCUGGGUGUACCUGCGGCCGGUGCAGCACCCAUCCACCGUGUACCUGCAGAUCCUGCGCCUCAAACCCGUCACGGACGAGGGCAGCCGCCACAUCCGCAUCCGCUCGCUCAAAAUCGACCUCAUCCGAGCUGGCCACUGGCAGAGCAUCGAUUUCAAGCACGUCCUGCAGAAUUGGUUCAAGCAGCCCCAGAAUAAUUGGGGGAUUGAGAUUAAUGCCUUCGAUGCCAACGGGAAUGAUCUGGCGGUCACCUCGCUGGGGCCCGGAGCUGAGGGGCUGCACCCCUUCAUGGAGCUGCGUGUCCUGGAGAACAACAAGCGCUCCCGCCGUAACCUGGGCCUGGACUGUGACGAGCACUCCACGGAGUCGCGCUGCUGCCGCUACCCCCUCACCGUGGACUUCGAGGCUUUCGGCUGGGACUGGAUCAUCGCCCCCAAACGCUACAAAGCCAAUUAUUGCUCCGGCCAGUGCGAGUACAUGUUCAUGCAGAAAUACCCUCACACCCACCUGGUGCAGCAGGCGAACCCCCGAGGAUCGGCCGGACCCUGCUGCACCCCAACAAAGAUGUCCCCCAUCAACAUGCUCUACUUCAACGACAAGCAGCAGAUCAUCUACGGCAAGAUCCCCGGCAUGGUGGUGGAUCGCUGCGGUUGUUCUUAGAGACGGAUUUUUACCCACCCCACCUCCCCAAAAUUAUCACACACAGCAUCCCGCCACAGCGCGUCACACACAGAGUG